UCCCCCCUGCGUUUUGGAAAUUCUUUUUGAACUAAACCAUUAGAUGCGUUACAUGAUCCUAUGGUGGAGCUCAGCUCCUUUUUCUAUAUAAAUAUUAAAAUAAACUGUUACAAAUGGCAAAUUUAGAAAAGGAUCAUUCAUACUCUGAAACGCCACAGCAAGCAGAGGCCACACCUGAAGAGUAUGCAGUUGCAGAUGUUGGCAUUUCACACCGUUUGAGAGACCGAGAACUUCUCAGAAAAAGAAGAGCAGAAGCAGAAGAAAAAGACACUGAACAGUGGGUUCUGGGGGAGCAAAAGAGACACAAGCGAGCACGGAAAGGAAGAGCAACUGGAAGGGCCCGAGGCCGGCGCCAGACUCCACAACCAGAACCACAACCAGAAUUGCAGUCAGAGAAAGCCGAGAGUCAUGAAACACAAGUGACCACAGUGGAGGAGAAACCUGAAGUCACUCAUGGACUCCAUGAAGAAUACUCUGUCCCUCUGGUGGUAACGGAAGGGUUGUAUUCCCAAGAGGAAAUAACUCCAUCUGUUUUCAGAUAUGCCCAGCACCCAGGAUUAGAGGAGACACCAAGACCAGAAGGCUCAGAGGACCCCCAAUCUUUGGAAAAUGAUCACUUGGAGCAAAAUUUAUUUGGCUUUUAAUUGAAAAGUUGUGGAUUAUAAUUGUUCCUUAUUCAAUGUGGAAAAGCUGUUAGGCUACAUGAUACCUAUCAUUCUUGUGUGAGCAAUAAAAAUUUGGUAGCCUUUGUUGUAA